AUGGAAAAUCAACUUCUAUUAAUUGGCCUUCUGCUGGCCGUCAGCGUAGUGGAAUCGCUCAUUGCGGAGCCGGAUAUCGCAGCUCUUUGCCAGAUUUCCGAGCCCUGGCAAAUGCUACCACACGAGCAUCAAUGCCAGAGGUUCUAUGUCUGCACCGGUGACCAGGAAGUACCCUUCCAGGAGUUUAGCUGUCCAGCGGAAUACCAUUUUAGCAGGGAACUGAAGAUAUGCUUGCCCGGCGCUUGCUCUGAUGAUCACUCCACCCCCACUUGUGACACAAUAAACCAUGUUGAACGAGUUUCAGACGAUUGCUCGCUCUACAAGCAAUGCUUGUCCGGCGGUGCCUAUGCUGUGGCCAAGUGUUCUGCCGGAAACUACUUUGAUCCAAACCGAAAAGCCUGCCUUCCCGUAACCGUGACGGCCGCUCAUCAGUGCAGCUGUGUGCUGCCGGAUAACUCCACCUUGGCCAACCCUAAUGACUGCGAGACCUACUUCCGCUGCCAGUCGGGAGAGGCUGUGUUGCAGCAAUGCACCCCCGGGGAUUACUUUGAGGCAAAAGUGGGCUCCUGUUUGCCAGAUCACACGGGCAUCUGCUUAGAGAAGCCCACAAUGCCGCCGCAGUUGAUGCUGUCCGAGAAGGCUCUGGCUUUGGACGAAUGCAUACGAACAGGAAGUCGUCUGGCGCCACAUAGUCGUGACUGUCAGAGAUACUAUAUUUGUGCCAGGAUGAGGGUGAUUGAAAUGCGCUGUCCCCGAGAUCAGUACUUUGAUGUGGUGCAUCGUUUGUGCAGUCUUGAUCGGCAAAGCGAAUGCAACAUUUCCACAAAGGUGGAAAACAAAGAGGUGAAGCCGAAUAAGGAGGAGCAAGAAAUGGAAGUUAAUGUAAAGGAGUUGGAGCAAGAGUCGUCUGAAGAUCUAAGCUUGCCAGCAUUAGAGGUCAAUGCCAAGCAGCCGCCGCAUCCGCUACAUGAACGGGAAGGAGUUAGCAACUACGACAAGUUUUCGUCAAAGUUCGUCUCGCUAUAA